ACCUAUAUCUAUAAUGGAUUUCUAUCUAUCAAGCAAAAAGGGGAAAAUGUUUAUUUGAGUUAACUGUAGUGAGCAAAUAUUUGCUGGUUACAACACUGCCCAGUACGAACAAAGGUCCUGGACCUGGACGAGGAGUGUAUAAAGUGUGUGAUAACAAAAACUGCGUACUGUGACCAAGUUUCCAUGUUCAGGUGGGAAGCAGUGGAAUUCUAGUGACCAAGUAGACCCAUUUCGCCAGGCACGCGACACCGCGAAGCGCUGCACUUUCUAGUCCACAUAUGUUAGUUCCCGCAGUGUAUAAUCAUCGUUCGUCUAUCAUCUGACCGACGGUCGGUACAGCAAAGACACAUCGGGAUUUUUUAACAAAAAAAAAACAGUUUUAAGUGUAAAAAGUAAAAUCAUUUACAAAAAAAAAACCCUGAGGAUAUUUGACACGCAAUGAAAAGCGGAAAUGGCGUGCAGCAUACAAUCGGUCGCGUUAUUAUGGACGAUUGAACGAAUGAAGCCACGAACGGACGGCCACUAACGAUCGGCGAACCGUAUGUAACCUUUUGCUGCUACUGCUCGCAUUGGUCAAACGGAGCCAAAUAUGAUGCCUGCUCAAUAAUUCACUGACCAGCAACAAGGCAAGGCGGAUCGAACUUUAGCCAAUACCCGACACGACAGGUAUCUACUACCGAGCAAGCGAAAACAUGGCAGAAAACGUAAAGGUGGUGGUACGAUGCCGGCCAAUGAACAAGCGUGAACAGCAAUCAAACUGUAAGAGCGUAAUUCAGAUCGACAAUGCACUGGUAAAUCUGGACAAUCCAAACGACGCGAAUGCACCGCAAAAAUCGUUUCAAUUUGAUAAUGCGUACGGGUAUGCGGCGACCACAGAAAACAUCUAUAGUGACAUCUGUUACUCUUUGGUGGAGAGCGUCCUCGAGGGCUAUAAUGCGACGAUCUUCGCCUACGGACAGACGGGUUGCGGGAAAUCGCACACAAUGCAGGGAACCACGUACAAUCUCUCGGCGGCGGAUCCGAACAAUGCGAACAAUAUCGGCAUUAUACCCCGAUCGUUCGAGCACAUCUUCGAAGCCAUCUCGUUGGCGAGCGAGAUGCGCUAUCUGGUGCUGGUUAGCUAUCUGGAGAUCUACAACGAAACCAUACGUGACCUGCUGCAACCGCAAAACCAAGCGGCCGGUUCGUUACAAAUCAAGGAAGUGCCGGGGGAAGGUGUGGCCGUCCAAAACCUUUCCCUACACACGGUACACGGGAUGAAGGAAUGCAUUGAGCUGUUGGAGCUGGGCGCCAAGAAUCGUAUGGUCGGAGCAACACUUAUGAACAUCGAAAGUUCCCGAUCGCACUCGAUCUUCAGCAUCAGUCUGGAGCAGAUGUCUACCAGUGUGGAGGGGGAUGGAGUGGCGAUCAAGCGUGGCAAACUGAAUUUGGUCGAUUUGGCCGGUUCCGAGCGGCAGAGCAAAACCGGCGCCACGGGUGAACGGCUGAAGGAGGCAACGAAAAUCAAUCUUUCCCUAUCGGCGCUUGGUAAUGUGAUAUCGGCCCUGGUCGAUGGGAAGACGAGACACAUUCCGUACCGUGACUCGAAGCUUACCAGGCUGCUGCAGGACUCGCUGGGCGGAAACACUAAAACGCUCAUGAUUGCAUGCAUUUCGCCGGCCGACUACAAUUACGACGAAACGCUGUCUACACUGCGGUACGCCAGCCGGGCGAAGAGCAUUGCCAACAAGCCGCGCGUCAACGAGGACCCGAAGGAUACGAUGCUGCGGGAGUAUCAGCAGGAAAUUAUGCGCCUCAAGGAGUUGCUGCAAGGAGGCGAAAAUCGACCGGUGGAAAUGAACGGCCACCAGGAAUCGGGGAACUUGGAUGUGGAAAAGCAAGCGCUCAAAACGCAGUACGAUCAGGAGGUGAUGCAUCUGCGCCGGGAGUACGAACAGCAGAAGAUCGCCAAGCAGGAGCUGGUGAAGGAUAUCGAGAAGAUAAAAGCGUACUACGAGCAGCAGAUGCAGCUUCUCACGGCGAAGAAGCUAUCUGAUGGGGAGAAGGACCUGCCCACCACCGGCCACCAGCUAGCUAACCGAGAUCGGAAAGAAAUCUACGAUCGCAUCAAACAGAUCAAGGAUGCACUUAUCGGGGGCGAACGAGCGAACGACAUUCAGCUGAAGGAGAAGCGCUACCGCAACAAGCUUGCCUCGGAGAAAAGAAUCAACGCACUGGCGCAAGCACUCGGCCGAAUCGAGCAAACGGCCGAUCGGGACCUACUACAGGGCCAUUGCUCCGACAUUCAGCAGGAGCUCAAGGUACGGUACGAGCAGAUACGUGCGCUACGGAAGCGCACCAAGUUCUUCGAGCAGGAAGUGUCCGAUAUUCAGGGCGAGUUUCAGCGCGAACGGGACGAUUACCUUGCAACGAUAAGACUGCUAGAGAAGAAGGUUCUAUUCUACGAAGCGGUGUUCCAGAAGGCGAUGCCGGUCCUUCGGAAGGAUGGUCGAUACUGGAACUUGGAGUGCCUGGAGAAAGAGUCCGAGUGGAGCGAUGAUUUGCGCAAGUGGCGGCUACCGGACGAUACGCUACUCCGAUUGCGCUUACCACCGGCCGAAACACCUCCACCACCCCAACCUCCCCCGGACGUCACCUCGCCUGGGAAGCUUAAUGGUCGCGAAAGUCAAACGUCCCUCACUGCACCGGGUCGGCUGGAGCGUAGCUCCACGAUGAUACUUGCCAAAUUGCCGGAUUUUCAGCGCGACAGCCAAGCAAUGGCAACGGACGAGCAUCAACCACGUCACAAAAGUGAUUUUUUGAGCAAAAGCACCAACAGCAAUCCGUUCCCGAAGAUUGAGGACGUCGCGAUGACGUACUUUAGACCGCGGCGUGCCGCCGAACUGGUGUACAAAAGUGGGUGGCGAUCGUUUCAGAAAUGAUGUGUUGUGUGUAUUUACGAGAUUUUGAAAAGAAUUGUUAAAUUGUAGAUUUAUUGAAUAUAUUUUGCUA